AUGGCUAUAGCAGCAGCAGCUGUAGCGAGCAGAGAGCCUCAGGAAGGUGCAAAGAGCACAGAGCAAGGAAACAAGGUGGCGCGCGAGGCACGACAGAGCUCAAGUAGACACGUCUACCUCCAAGGCCAGGGAAAAGUCAACUCUAAGAAAAGGUCAACUAACACAUUAGGGUUCGGAGUUGACUUAGAGCGGCUACAACAAAAAGAAACGCAGAAGUCAAGGUCAGGUCAAACUCGUGAUGGUGAGUGGCUCAGGCACUGGUUCAACCUGUCGGGGCCAUCCACGUGUUCUGACUUUGCCACACAGAGAGGAGGAGGCCAGCACGUGAUUGCCUACUCUUAUUACAACACCAACGCCACCAUCAGCAAGGCUAGCACCAACUACAAGAAGUAUUUUGCCUCCCUCCACAAGCGGGCCCGCCGGAUAGCCAAGGUAUACCCAGGCUACCUGAUGCGAGUGUACCAUAACGUGACGACAGACGACACCACCGCUAUGACAUUCCUCUGCAAGUUGCUAUGUACCCAUGCCCAUCUCGACUUGUGUGACGUCACCAAACUCCCGAAUCUUGGUAACUUGGUGCAGCGCGGGGUGAUUGGCCGAGCCUGGAGGUUUGCCGUCCUCGGUGACCCCACUGUUGACCUCUUCCUCAGCAGGGACUCGGACAGUUGGGUGCUGGACAGAGAGGUGGACGCUGUGCAUGAGUGGCUGGCGAGUGGUCGAGCAUUCCAUGUUAUGAGAGAUCAUCCCAACCACAAGGCGGUCAUGCUGGCAGGUCUAUGGGGUGGACGCAACACAUGGCUAGAGGGACUUUCCAAAAUCCGAGACACAAUGUUUGACCAGCCAAUGAGCCUACACAGGAAUCAUGACCAACACCUGUUGGCCAACCACCUCUGGCCAGUAAUACAAAACGACACUCUGCAGCACGACAGCUUCAACUGUCAAGACCCGACACACCUGGGCGCCAACCCCUUCCCCAGCAUGAGAGUCGGGGACCUCUACUGCGGGUGUGGGCCAUACAAGACUCGUGAGAGGUGGAGGGUGUCCAGAACCAGGUGUCCAAAAGUGUGUCGACCCCUCAAACACCCGUCGUGGACUCGUUGUUAGGGAAGGAGAAACGGAAAGACGGAAGGAAGGAAGGGAGGAAGGAAGAAUGAACUGGGAAGAGAGGAAGAGUAAAACAAGCAGUAAAGAAGGAACGAAGAAUUUUUUUAAUCUUCAAGAGUAAUGGAUAUAGCAAAAUAUGUAUUGUAUAGAUUCCUACAAUGAAAAGUAAUACAACCAAGAAGAACAAGAAAACAUAGAAAAAACUCUCAGUCAUCGCCAAGUGGCCUGAGUCUACACACAUGCUGUCUUGAUGAGCCCGGACUAUAGCGAAGCUCUCUCACGAGAUCAGGCAAAGUUUCAGGAGACAGCAAGAGCCAAGAAAGCAUGUCCCCACUGAAAGUAAAUAAAUAAAUAAAUAAAUGCACGCGCAACUAACGGGCUGAAGCCGACCACCAGGCCCAAUCAUGGGUCAACCGACGGUUAUGAAAUAAAAAUAGAAAAUUAAAAUAAAAAAGCAACUUUGGUAGUAGUAGUAGCAGCAGUAGUUGUAGAAGUACUAGUAGUAGUAAUAGUAGUAGUAGAAGUAGUGAUAGUAGUAGUAGUAGUAGUAGUUGUAGUAAUUAUAGUAGUAGUAGUAGCAGUACUACAAGUAUAGUAGUAGUAGUACUGCUUGUUGUAGUUGUGGUGACAGUGAUGAUGUUGGAGAUGGCCUGAUGUGUAUUAAGAAUUGUAUUAGUGUAAUAAUAAUGAUUAUUAUAAACAAUAUUAUAACUAAUAAUAAUAAUAAUAAUAAUAAUAAUAAUAAUAAUAAUAAUAAUAAUAAUAAUAAUAACAAUACUAAUGAUAAUGCUAAUUAUAAUAAUAACAAAUAGUUUC